GGCUCCCCUGCCCCCUAAUCCCCUCUCUGCCUGGGUGCCUGCUGCUGAGACCCCUUUGAAAACCAAACUGCAUUGGCAGCAGCUGACACACACACUCACACACACAUACACAAGAAGGAUGAGCUGGUGACUGGCACCUCUGGGAUCUACAAACCUACAGAUCAGUAGUCCAGAAGCAGGGCAUGUGUGGAUGGAGAGACUCCUGUGCCAAGCAGUGCACUCUGCUGCCCCUCAGCCUGUGCCCACUGACUGCAACCCCUCAGCCUGUGCCCGCUGACUGCAUCCCCUCAGCCUGUGCCCGCUGACUGCAUCCCCUCAGCCUGUGCCCGCUGACUGCAGCCCCUCAGCCUGUGUCCGCCAACUGCUGCCUGGCAACUUCUGGAGCUUUGCUUUUACCCACAUGGCAUGACCUAGGCAUAUUGUGUCUGGCACAACUCUGAUCUAGCAAAAGCCAAAUAAAUAUCAUGGUCUACUUCUUCCACAUCUUCUAUUUUGAUGGCUCUUUAAAUGUGACAUUAACCCCAUCACCUCACAUGCCAGUCUUGUUUUCUGGGGGGAGAAUUAAUGCUAGUACUGGACUGUAGUCUCUAUAAAUAUACAUUUGCAGUACCUGGACCACUCCUGGCUGUAGAGAUUUAAUCCUCCUUUUUUGUGUGUUUUCUCAAUAAAAGCCAGGAGAGAGAGUGUGAGGAGUUAUUCCUAAGAAUGCCAGUGAAGAAGAAAGAUACUGAGCGAGCGUUACUCCUACUGGAGGAAUACUGCAGCAAGCUACAGAAGCCGGAUGAGAGGCAGCUCAGGCAGGCCAUAGAGAAGGUCAUCUGUAUGUUCAAAAGCAACUUGUUCAAUGCAUUAAUAGAUAUACAAGAGUUUUAUGAAGUCACGUUGCUCAGCUCCCACAUCAGCUGCGAAGAGAAGAUCUCUGAAUUGAACCAUGUGGCAGAAUUAUGGGAGAAAAAUAAUUCUUCUUCCUGCGGCCCGGAGAGCUUGCAGAAGUCUUCGGAGCUGAAAGUCCUCAGUGGAUCCGAUGGAUAUACAACCAGCGACGAUCCCAAUACAGAGAACCAUGGGUCUGACGCAACUACUGCAAAGAGAACGAAAUACCGUUACCAAGAUGAGGACACCCCUCCGCACGACCAUUCACUGCCGCGAUUAACCCACGACCUCAAAGGUCCUGAGCUUGUCCACGUGUCAGAGAAGAACCUGUCGCAAAUAGAAAAUGUCCACGGCUACGUGAUGCAAUCGCAUAUAUCUCCUCUGAAGGCCAGCCCCGCUCCAAUAAUUGUGAACACAGAUACCUUGGAUACCAUCCCUUAUGUCAGCUACACCCCGUUCCAUGAAAACACAGUAAGCUAUACAACAGCAAAGACCUUCAUUUUCCCAUUGCAAGCAUUUCUGCUGUGUUCUAGGGUCAACGACUGUAUUCUCCGAGUGAAUGAAGUGGAUGUUUCCGAGGUGUCGCAUAGCCGAGCGGUAGAAGCUCUGAAAGAAGCCGGUUCCAUUGUCCGCCUGUAUGUGCGCCGGAGGAGACCUAUCCUUGAAACUGUUGUAGAAAUCAAACUAUUCAAAGGGCCAAAAGGUUUGGGCUUCAGCAUUGCAGGAGGAGUCGGAAAUCAGCACAUUCCUGGAGAUAACAGUAUUUACGUAACAAAAAUUAUUGAAGGAGGAGCAGCACAAAAAGAUGGCCGACUACAAGUGGGAGACCGGUUAUUAAUGGUUAAUAAUUACUGUUUAGAAGAAGUUACGCACGAAGAAGCUGUAGCUAUUUUGAAGAACACGUCUGAUGUAGUUUACCUGAAGGUGGGAAAACCCACAACUAUAUAUAUGACAGAUCCGUAUGGACCUCCUGACAUCACUCACUCGUAUUCUCCGCCUCUUGACAGCCACAUCCUCAGUACCGCAAACAACGGCACCUUGGAAUACAAGAGCUCAUUGGCACCAAUCUCUCCGGGAAGAUACUCUCCUAUCCCAAAGCACAUGCUUGUGGAGGAUGACUACACCAGGUCCCCAGAGCCUGUAUACAGCACUGUAAAUAAACUGAGUGAGCGGCCGUCCUCUCCCAGGCAUUACUCCCCAGUAGACUGUGAGAAGAGCUUCCUCCUGACCUCUCCGUAUCCUCACUUCCACGGAGGUCUGCUUCCUGAGCUGGAAAUCUCCAGGGAACCGCGGAAAGUCAUAUUGCACAAGGGCUCCACGGGACUGGGCUUUAACAUUGUUGGUGGAGAAGACGGAGAAGGAAUAUUUAUCUCUUUCAUCCUAGCAGGGGGACCCGCAGAUCUGAGCGGGGAGCUCCAGAGAGGAGACCAGAUUUUAUCAGUGAAUGGAAUUGAUCUGCGCGGGGCUACCCAUGAACAGGCUGCGGCCGCAUUGAAAGGUGCAGGUCAGACGGUAACAAUUGUAGCACAAUACCAGCCGGAAGAGUACGCUCGAUUUGAGGCGAAAAUCCAUGACCUGCGUGAGCAGAUGAUGAGUCACAGCAUGAGUUCUGGGUCUGGCUCUUUGAAAACAAACCAAAAGCGAUCUCUCUACGUAAGAGCCAUGUUUGACUACGACAGAAGUAAGGACAGCGGUCUCCCGAGUCAAGGACUCAGCUUUAAUUACGGAGAUAUUCUACACGUAAUCAAUGCAUCUGACGAUGAAUGGUGGCAGGCGCGAAGGGUCAUGCAGGAGGGAGACAGCGAAGAGAUGGGCGUUAUACCCAGUAAACGGAGGGUUGAAAGAAAAGAACGAGCGCGAUUGAAAACUGUGAAGUUUAAUGCAAAGCCCGGAGUCAUAGAUUCUAAAGGGUCAUUCAAUGACAAGCGUAAAAAGAACCUCAUCUUUUCACGAAAGUUCCCCUUCUACAAGAACAAGGAGCAAGGUGAACAGGAGGCAAGUGACCCAGAACGAGGACAAGAGGAUUGUAUUCUGUCGUAUGAGCCAGUUACCAGACAGGAGAUUAAUUACACCAGGCCGGUCAUUAUUCUUGGUCCCAUGAAAGACCGAAUCAAUGAUGACUUGAUAUCUGAAUUCCCUGAAAAAUUUGGCUCCUGUGUUCCACAUACAACAAGACCAAAGAGAGAUUACGAAGUGGACGGCAGAGAUUACCAUUUUGUCAUAUCUAGGGAACAGAUGGAAAAGGACAUUCAGGAGCACAAAUUCAUAGAGGCCGGGCAAUACAAUGACAAUUUGUAUGGAACUAGUGUACAAUCUGUAAAGUUUGUGGCGGAAAGGGGGAAGCACUGUAUUCUAGACGUAUCAGGAAACGCUAUCAAGCGACUACAAGUAGCACAACUUUACCCUAUAGCGAUCUUCAUUAAACCCAAAUCCGUGGAGUCAUUAAUGGAAAUCGGCAAACGUCUGACAGAAGAACAGGCCAAGAAAACCUACGAUCGAGCACUGAAAUUAGAACAGGAAUUUGGCGAGUUUUUUACAGCAAUUGUUCAAGGCGACACAUUGGAUGACAUAUAUAACACAUGCAAACUGGUAAUUGAAGAACAAUCUGGACCCUUCAUCUGGAUUCCUUCAAAAGAGAAAUUAUAAUUUAGCUACAAACAUUAAUAUAAAACAGGAACUUAGAAGAAUUCUCUUAACUCUUUAUUUGAACUUUUUUUUUAAUUAAAAAAAAAAAAGUUUUGUUGCAAUUAGGUUCUUGCGGUCUGUGAGUUCUCACUGAAUGUACAGCAAAAAUACUGAGUCUUCAAAGGGGAAAAGGUUCAAACUGCUGGUGGUGCCGCCAUUACAUGGACAGUAAGUAGAUGCCCGUCCUUCCAUCCUUAAAGGCAUUACUUACCUAGAAGAAGUUUAACGCUCAAGACCAUUCACAUCUGCACUCGUAGCUCCUGACCCGCGUCACGCUCUCGGCAUGGAACGCAACACAACAAUCGAAUGGACACGUGUUGCACUCACUGAGCUCGAUGUUCCGGUUGCUCUGCGGAAAAUAUCUCUAUCCAGCCUCUUCAUCUUCUUCGCCAUACGACACACACAUGAACUUGAUUUCCAUAUAUAUAUAUAAAAAAUGUUACAAAAUUCCUUGGCAAAUGGGAUUUUAGUUCUUUCAAAACAAAAAAUAGACGCAACUUUGAAACGGUUAGCAUGGUUAAGAUAACCUACAUCAUUUACAAAGGUUUGUCUAUUGUUGUCGUCUUUGUGUUGAACGUUGGAUCUUGGUUGCAGAACUCUUAAUUCCAUUAGGUUAAAUGUUUUUGUGGGGCUUUUUUCCCAUAGGAAACGUCAUUAUUGUUUACCGUAAUGUCAGGCAAGAGAUAGUCUGAAAAAACGCAAAUGCAUGUUUCUUGUUCUGGAUUUCCAUUUUUAUGAAACGUGGAUAAGUCAAUCCGAGUUCCACGUUUGACCACUUGUCUUUUACACCUGUAGGACUUUUGCUGUCCCAUUUAUUUAUUUUUGUGUUACUUUAUUUUUAAAAAAAGCAAACGUGUAUAGAAUCAUUGACUUACGUCACAAAACGUGUAGGGACACAUUUUGUAUUGAUAAUGUUUAAAAGCUGAAUGAAUGUGAAGUUAGAAUUGAAUGUUGUUCCUUUUCAUAAGCAGAUUCCUAUUUAAUAUAUGUUUUAUAGCCGAGAGAGGCAGAAUGCUAUAAAGAUGAUUGCUUUGCAUAACGGACACGGCGUGUCCGUAGCUAAAGAAAUAUGAAAACAUCUGAGUUCAGUACACAAAUUGUAAAAAGUUUAUUUUCCCUUUGUGAAAAGCUGUAAAUGGAAUAUUAUACAGAGGAAAAAGCUUUUACCAAGCACUUGGUCUACAUUGAAGACUUCUAAAGAGUUGAGAAGUAGACAAUUGGAUGUUUCCCAUAUCAACCAAUCAGAUUAUAGUUAUCAUUUAUAAGCACAUUCUAUAAAUGGUAAGUAGAAGCUUAUUGGUCGCUAUGGACAAAUUCCCUAAUUGUCCACUUUUCCACUAUUUAGAAUGCUUGAUUUGCCCCUUUAUACUGUCUGUAUGUUGGGAAUGUUAUAAAGCGGACUGGUGUCUUAUUAUUAGGAUUAUUAUUAGGCAUGUUGGUAAAUAUGGUCGGAACAGGACUUGGCCCGUACUAACUGGCAGCAUUGAUGGUGGAAGUGACCCAGCUCCUGGGGGCCAAACAGCCAGAUCUUUACCUAUGUUGUCACAAAUGUGCGCAUUGAUCCUGUAUGCGGACUAUUUUCUUAUCUCUACUUCCUGUAGAUCCCGAGGCAUCACCGAGUCUGGUGACACCCCGUGUACAAUCCAUAUUCCCCAUAGACCCAUGAAAUAGGGAAAGGAAAUACUGUUUUUAAAAAUAUUUGAGAUAAAGGAAAAAGCUUGAACUACCAAA